AUGGAUGAUAAAUUCGACGAUAUGUCCAACGAUCAGCUGCGGCUGAAGCUGCUCGAAUACGGUCUCGCAAACAUGCCGGUGACGAGCACGACGCGCAAGGUGCUGAUAAAAAAGCUACGGAAUCAAAUCUCAAACGGUGCCGGAAAAGCGCGCCGCGAAACCAUCCACAUCACAAAAUACUCAUCCGACGAGGACGAGCGAGAACCGGUGGCAGCAAGCACGGGCUCAAAAAAAGGGUCCGCCAAAAAGGACACCACCAACCGGCGGGCGACGAUCGCUGGGGCAGCAUUAAAACUUCCCAAACCCGUUUCAUUAUCUCAACCGACACCGAAAACGGCCCCAUUAGUGGCCCCACCAGCGGAACCAUCUUCCGCUUCCAAGCGUCGCUCGGGACGGGUUACACCCGUGAUGAAGGUAAAGGAUCUGCCCGCUACACAACCCGGCCCGGAAGUGCCGCUAAUUCUGGAAGAUUCCGACGACGACAUGAUCCCGCUAACGCAGCUCACCCAGCGCAAGCGCAAAUCGAAGAGUCCUUCGCUAACACGGGCCGAAAUGCUCACCACCUCGUACAUGCACGAGAUGGGAAUCGCCAAGGAACCGAUCGCCGAAGAGAUGGACGUCGAUGUGCCGGAAGUCGGGAAAAACGUCGAGGAAAUGGACGUGAUCGUGCUGGAGGAUGAAGACGAGUCGAGUUUCCAAUCGACCGCAAUGCCACCACCACAGCAACCGAAAGCACCGGUAGCGAAGGACUAUCAGUACCAUCAAACGGCGACUCAAACUGAGACACGUCGAACGUACUCGACGACGGCCACCGACACUGCUGCGGGUCGUAGAGCAAAAGAGGAGCUGUUUGUUGAGCCACUUUCGGUGAAAUAUCCCACCAACGAGCGGGCUUUACCUAAGCCAACAUUUGCGACUCCUACAUCGUACCGCGCCAGCACGAGCAGCGUCGUUCGGGACGAGACAGGAUCACGGUACGAACCAACGGAUUCGCCGUACCUGAGCGAGUUCACAAAACGCCUCUCGAGAUUGCGCGCCGAAGCCCAACAACCUGCCAGCAUUGGCCUAUCACGAGAUUCACCCUCAAGAAGGACGACAAUCGAUGGAAACUCUGGAUCGGCCCGUACUCAACCGUACGCCUCGCGUGAUCCUUACGAAUCCUCGGCGAUGCGUCAUCGUUUAGGACGCCAAACUCUCGACCCAUCCGCGGUCGGUGUGAGAACGGUCGCGUCGAAACAAACCGGUGGUGGAGUUCGAUCCUUUUUGCGCCAAAACCUGAUGGCGCUCGAUCGGAAGUACUCGAUUCAAAAGAUUUUCUACGCCAUCAUCACCGUGCUGGUGGUUGUCUUUCUGUUUGUGUUCUUUUUCUUGUAAGUUUGUAGGUCGAGAAUAUGCUCGCUCACGCAGCCAUUUUCGCUACAAAUGAAUCAUAUGCCUGGAAGUGUGACCCAUUUUGCGGGCAGCAGAAU